GUGAGGCGGACGUGAGAAGUCCCAGCACUCGGAGUCAUUAGUCACUAGAACCUGAAUGCCUACACAGAGGGAUGGCUGGUCUCCUCAUGCUAAUGAGAUUUAGGCCAUGUUGAGCUCUGCAUUUGUUCUGUGGGACAUUGUAUACCUCUUAUAUACCUACGGAUCUAUCUUCAUCAUUUUCCUAAUUAUUUGGCAAGUGAGCUGGAAUUACCACGGAUUGAGAUUUGAAUGUAAAAGGAGCUGCUGCCAGCGUCACCAGAAAAUCAGGCAAAGGGCCAGAAAUGCAGCAUCAAGAGCCAGGAGACGCUACCAAGAAGAAUCUGAGAAGCCGAGGGAGCUGAUCUCUGUCAUGAAAAGCCAGCACUGGCUUCCCGAGCAGGAAAGUGUGCGGCAGCUCCUGUGUGCAGAUCCUUCCUGCCAGACCUGCAAUGCAGUGGCCCUGGAGAUUCAGCAGCUGCUGGAGGAUGAGAAGAACCAGAUCUCUCCCGCAUUAUCAGGGCCAUCGCAGGGCUCUUGCCUAGAGAUGGUCUCCAUGUCAGCUGUGUCUUUUAAGCAGAAUCUGGAGGUUCAUUCUCAGCACCCUAGGGAUCUUUCACUGGCCUCUGUACCCCCAACACUGACACAACUGGCAGAACGGGUAAUGCAAUCAACCAAUACGAUUAGUGUCCGAGAAUACCGGGCCGACCGUGUGCACCAAGGGCAAGAAUGUCACCUGGCACUCGUGCCCAUGGGCCCAGAGACUGCGGCUACGUUAGGGUUUGAGCAGCCUGUGGCUGCAGUGAGUGAGCAGGAAAUGAUGCAGAGCAACCCUAACUACGUCCAGGGGAACCAAGACCAGCAGUCUGUGAACUCUCCGCAGAUCUCUUUCAUGUACGUGAACCCAGGGAUCGCUAACUUGACACGUCCAGUGGCCUUCCACAUGGUCCCCCUUGUCCACUUCCCAUUCCUCAGUCCUGAAGUCCUGAGGCUUCUUGAGGGACAUGUAAGAAAAUGGAUGCAUUUCCAGAGGUGGGGGCUCCCCAGACGUGUGGAGGACUCUCUGAGGCAGCUUAUGCCAAACACAGCCCUGUAUUGCCAGACAGAAAAUAAUGAACCAGUUUCUCUCAUCCUAAAUAAUAACUCGCGGGUCUGUGUUUGUGAAUUUGGGACCACUGCCCGCCAAACCUGGUGUUCAUAUAUGGCUGGGCAAUCCACCCAGUCCUUCUGGGUUUCUGAAUGGUCUGAUGUGAACCCAGAACAAAGACACCAGCAGAGAUCAAACACUAUGGGUCUAUCCUUACCCUUUCCUUCCCCAAAAGUCCUAGGUGGCCUCUAUCCACUGCCUGGGGGACAGGCUGAUGACCCCGGGAGCCAUCUGCACCAGAAACACAGGCAGCUGUUCUGUGGCCUCCCCUCUCUGCACAGUGAGUCCCUGACUGCCUCUUUCUUGAGCUCUGAAGGCCUCGCCACGAACACAAACACGUCCAGGCCCCCAUCGAAGGAGCCUCUUCUGCUCCAGGGGCUCUCUUUCCACCCUUUGCUGCCGGAAACGCCACCAGACGUACGCUUGCCCUCCUCGCCACUGUCUCCAAAUCGUGUGUCUCCAGCUGGACAUCCAGAAGCUCACGUCAGUGCCCCAUUUCUGACUCCAGCUGAAUAUAAAACCUUGGAAUGGCACCUGCUGCAGAGGCAGCUCCAGCUUCGGUGGGGGCUGCCAGCUAUCAUCCAGAGAUGUCGCCAUGCCCACAGCCCCAAGCAGUCUGAGCCCUGUGACGAAGCCCAGGCUCCCGAGACUGUGCAAACGUCCUGGCCAGGGAAGCCUGUUUCAGUCUUCACCAGGAAACUACCCUUCUUCCCAGAGCACACCCACAGGCUGCUGGAAUUUCACUUCCAGAAGCAGCUGAUUCGCCUUCGCUGGGGCCUGCCCGAGAAGAUCCAGCAGUCCUUCCAGUUGCUCCUCUCCUCUGCUGACCAGCAGACCCUGCCCUGUAGCAGCACAACCUUCCCCAGGGUGCAGAUCCCCCACCCUACGGCCCUGAAGGGCACGGGGGAUGGCGACCCCUUCUCACCCAUGCUGGCCCAAAUGUCACUCCCCAUGCCACACCUGCUCACCCAGGCCAAGGCCAAACUGCAGGGCCACAUUGACUCCAAAUGUGGACAGAUCCACCAAGGCAUGGUCCCUUGCCAUGUAUCUAGCUCCUGGGAAGGCACAGCUGCUGGGGGCGUAGCAGUGGCUCCCUUCCCCUGCGUUCCACAAGGCCAGCCCCGGGGGCUGCAGGCAGCCAGCGACCCCGACCCACAUGACCGAGUUACGCCCUGGGGGCCAAGGGCCCUCGGUCGGCAAAAGCAGGCCUCACCAGACACUGCCGCUGGACGCCCUAAGCUGCACCGAGCCCUGACUUCGGCAGCCAUGGAGAGGCUGGAGAUGACCGUGCGACACAAGUACCUCGUCUUCCUGUCGGGACUGCCCACCCUUUACUCUUCCGCUCUGUCUGAAGUGACGGCUCCAGCCAUCGCUAGCCACUCGCCAGCAGCAGGGAUGGCGCCAGGGCCAGUGGAAGCCCCAAAGGAGCCUCUGGCUCAAGUUACAACACCGCAAGACCCAAGUAGGAGGCUUGGGCCCUGCUUUCAAAAUGACAGCGAGACUUGGGCAGACAGCGCAGAUUCCCAGCCUGAGGUGCAGAGGGAAGGAACAACGGAGUCAGCGCCUCCGGAGAGCCAGACACAACCCGCCAUCCUCCACGCGUUCAAGACGCGAUUGGUGUCCAGGCUGCACUUCCACCUGAGAAAAAAGGUCCUAGAGAUAAAACUGGGACUCCCCAUACGGGCAAGGGAGUCCCGGGAACAAACUACAGCGGGCCCAGAGAACAAGUCCUCACGGGCACGUCUGACUAGUCAAAACAAGCAAGGAAGCACAGUGCUCCAGAAACUGCCCGCCCCGCCAGACUCAUCGCCUGCCCCACAUUCAGAGCGUGUCCACCUGGAAGAACACCCGGCCUCUCAGCUGCAGACGCUGCGGCACAGCCCAAAGCCACCUGGUUCCGAAGCAGCGCCCCUUGCUCCUAGCCACCAGCCCUCCGAGAUCUCACAGGUCAGCGGGGACGUGACUGAGGCGCAGGUGCUUUGUGUUCAGGUGGAGGCCGCUGUAAACAGCCCCGGCCUGGAGGAACACUGGGACCCUGAGCCCCAACGCUCAGGCAAGGCCUCAGCCCACAUCCCCACGCCGGCAGGAAAGAGAGAGGAGGCAGGGAAACCCCAAGCAGCAGGGGACCUCGGAGAAGGGGAUGCAGGGCUUGGACACUCCUUAACCAGUGCAGAAAGACACCCUGAGGAAGAGCAGAAGCCAGAAGAGAUGCUUCUGAAGAGAAGACCCCAAGGCUCCUGGCGAUGGACCCACAGCUGUCUUCUUGUGGAUCCCCAGCAACACACUCCCCAGUACCACCCUCAGCUUAAGCUUGCAGAGCCGCCUACAGAGCUCCCUGGGAGAAAAGAAUCUGAGCACGACAUGCAGGACCACAGAAGAAACGUCAGUGCCCUCCUCAGACCUGCGAAGGUUCCUGAGAAUUUCCAUCCUGCAGUGGGCCAGGCUUCCCAGGGCCAGCCUUUCCCGGGCCAACCGACUCCGCACAAGCCUUUCAAGGGCCAAACCUUGCAAAGUCGGGUUUUGCAGGGGCAGGUGACGCCAGCCCAUUCUCACAAGAGGCCCAGCCUUCCAGAGUCUGGCUUGGUGAGUAAGAUGAAAUUCUUUGUGCACUACAUCAGCGCCAUGACAAAAGGCAAAGAUCACGCGGACUCCAUGUUGUCCAUGCCUGGCAAGGCGGCCAACACCAGCAAGGAAAAUGUGGAAAGGAGGCUGGUUCCAGCCAAAAGCCCCACGGAGAAGACGGGGACUGACACGCCAGGGAGGAGCCCCAAGAACCCAUCGCUCCCCACGAGGAGGCCGGUGGGCCUGGCCUCUUUGGACGUUUCCCAUUCCCCACACAGUAAGCUCCGGCUACGCUCCCAGCUGCGUGGAUCUGCCUCCAUCCCGGGCCACCCCCGCCACUGUCCUCAAGUGGCUUGUCCCUCCCAAUCAGGGAAUCCACCCUAGCCCCAUCUCUCACCUCGGAAACACUGUCUCGCUCAUGGCUUUGACUAUGGGAGUCUAGGCGUCCCAAUUUCUGCCUCCGUUGGAGAACACUACCUAUUAUAAUCUCUGUUAAUGAUCAGGUGUUGUAGAAUGCCACCUGAAAUACACUGUAUGUC